AUGCCAGAUGCGCCUAGUGAUGGCGAGAUGUUCCCUUCAAACCCGGAGAAUAUGGACGACUCCGAUGCCUCCCAUGAAUCUAUGAAUGCCGAAGAAGACGCAGCUUCGGCAAACGAUGAUGACGACGAUGAAAGUGUCAACGGUGUUGAUGCCGGGAUGAGCUCACACCAUUCUUCUGAUGAUGAAAGCAUUGGGGGCUCGGAAGACGCGGCUGGUGAGGACGUUGCUGAAUUCACAAUGGAGAACGGCGUAGAUGCCCCUCCGUCGGAGAUGUUUUCGUCCUCACCGGGCUCUAAAAGGGGAGUAAAACGCAAAUCCUCUGUUGACGAAGAGGAAUAUAUCAGAAACAACCCUACUCUCUACGGCCUACGACGGAGUGGACGCGCUCGUCCAACUCGGCGGCUGGAUCAAGAGUCCUCAGCCUCCGAGUCCGAUGUUGCCCCACCGCCAAAACGACGUCGUCCCGGCCGUACCUCUGACCGUCCUUCCCCAGUCCAGAUGCCUGAGUCGUCGUCAGACUCUGAUAGUGACGCGUAUGAAGGUCCGCGUCGCAGUCGACAGGGGAAAAAGCAACGCCGGAACAACCAAAGUGAUCUGAAAAACUCCUACAUACCAACACAUGGUGAAGUUCGCUUUUCAACACGGCGGGCAAACAAGGUCUGUAAUUACAACGAAGAGAGUGACGAUAACAUGUUUGAAGAUGAGGACGAAGAAGGUACUCCUGGGGAAUGGACAUAUACCGUCGAUGACACCACCCCGGCCAUCGACAAGAUCCUCUAUCAUCGCUUCAAAGAAGGUGUAGACCUUGAAAAACCUGAUCUAGGCCGCCGUGACUGUGAAUACUACACCAAGUGGCAGGGUUUAGCACAUUACCAUGCAACCUGGGAAACAGUCGAUACCCUUGCUAACUGCCGUGGCAUCAGGCGUCUAGACAACUAUAUCCGGAGGGAGAUUGAACAGGAGAUUCUCUUCAUGAGAGAUCCCGAUGUGAUCCCGGAGGAACGAGAAAAAUGGAGUCUUGACCGCGAACGAUACAUUGAGAAAAUUGACCACUUCAAGCAGGUCGAACGUGUAAUCGGUUCCCGUGAAGUCGAUGGCGCAACCGAAUACUACAUCAAAUGGAAACGUUUACCUUAUGAUGGCUGUACAUGGGAAGAAGGAAGCCUCAUAAGCAACAUGGCUCAAGCCCAGAUUGAUGCCUACCUCGACCGCUGCUCCCACCCUCCGAUCUCCUCCAGAGCAGAGUCUAAUCCUGCAACCCGCUCCAAGUUCGAACCUAUACAUACCAACCCAGACUUUAUACAGAACGGUCAACUCAAGGAGUUCCAAAUUAAGGGAGUCAACUUCCUUGCUUACAACUGGGUCCGCGGCCGCAACGUUGUCCUUGCCGACGAAAUGGGUCUAGGUAAAACUGUCCAGACGGUAGCAUUCAUCAACUGGCUACGGCACGUCAGACAGCAACAGGGUCCAUUCAUCGUCAUCGUCCCAUUAAGUACCAUGCCCGCUUGGAGUGAGACAUUUGACUAUUGGACACCUGACGUCAACUACAUCGUCUACAGCGGUCCGGAGCCUGCUCGAAGGAUCAUCAAAGACUACGAGCUUUUGGCUGAUGGCAAUUUGAAACGUCCUAAAUUCAAUGUUCUCCUCACCACUUAUGAAUAUGUUCUGCAAGACGCAAGCUUUUUAAACCAAAUCAAAUGGCAAUUUAUGGCAAUUGAUGAAGCGCAUAGAUUGAAGAAUCGUGACUCACAGCUAUAUACCAAACUACUUGAUUUCAAGUCGUCCUGUAGGCUCCUUAUAACGGGAACUCCAGUUCAAAACAACCUGGGGGAACUCUCUGCCUUGAUGGACUUUCUCAAUCCGGGCGUCAUCGAAAUUGACGAGAAUAUGGACCUAAACUCAGAAGCUGCUAGUGCAAAGCUGGCUGACCUAACCCAAGCUAUUCAACCCUAUAUGCUUCGUCGAACCAAGUCCAAGGUCGAGAGUGAGCUUCCGCCAAAGUCUGAAAAGAUCAUUCGCGUUGAGUUAUCCGAUGUCCAACUCGAACUGUAUAAAAACAUUCUGACCAAGAACUACGACGCUCUCAACCACGGCGGCAAGGGACCUAAACCGUCCCUACUCAACAUCAUGAUGGAAUUGAAGAAAGCUAGUAAUCAUCCAUUCAUGUUCUGGGGCCCUGAAGAGCAAGCUGGAGGGAGCACACGGCGGGAAGACCAACUGAAGGCCCUCGUUACUAGUAGCGGGAAGAUGAUGGUUCUCGAUCAGCUCCUGACUAAGUUAAAGAACGAUGGCCAUCGUGUGCUGAUUUUCAGUCAGAUGGUUCGAAUGCUGAACAUUUUGGCUAACUAUAUGGAUGCUCGCGGUUUCAACUAUCAACGUCUGGAUGGUACCAUUGCCGCCGGCCCUCGUCGCCUCGCCAUCGAACACUACAAUGCCCCGGGCAGCACUGACUUUACCUUUUUACUCUCCACCCGUGCUGGUGGUCUUGGUAUCAACCUGAUGACAGCUGAUACGGUUAUAUUAUUUGAUUCGGACUGGAACCCACAAGCUGAUCUGCAGGCUAUGGCUCGAGCUCACCGUAUAGGGCAAACCAAGCCUGUCAGCGUAUACCGUCUGGUCUCCAAGGAUACCGUGGAAGAGGAGGUUUUGGAAAGAGCUAGAAACAAGCUGUUGCUGGAGUUCAUAACUAUCCAAAGAGGUGUUACUGACAAUGAAGCCACUAGCCUAAAAAACAAGCUUGCUCAAGCUGGUCAUCAUGUUAAUGAACCUACUUCCUUCGAUGAUAUCUCGCGGAUUCUCAAACAGCGUGGACAACGAAUGUUCGAGCAAUCUGAUAACCAGAAGAAACUCGAAGAACUUGACAUUGAUGCUGUUCUUGCCAACGCUGAAGAACACAAGACUGUCGAAGAAGAUGCUAUUGAGGUUAGCGGAGGAAUCGACUUUAUCAAUGAAUGCCAAUAUGUUGAUGUCAAGUUCGACGAUCUUUCAUGGGACGAUAUCAUUCCAAAGGAAUACCUGGAGAAGAUCAAAGCUGAAGAGGAAUUAGAAGCCCAAAGAAGGCCGCCCCCGAAGGAAGAGCCUACUGAAAACACAAAUUCUAAUGCCAUGAUCAGCGAUGAACGCGAGGAGCGGAAAGCCAAGAGGCGAGCUCGCCAACAAGUGAAUUUGGAUGUUGAAAUCAUGUCCGAUGCCGAAGGCCCAGAUCCCAGUGCACCUCUAAGUGAGAAGGAAUACCGACAUCUCAUCCGUGCAUACCUGAGAUACGGUGAUAUGAAAGAUCGCCAGGAAGAAAUCAUAAAAGAAGCACGCCUCGUGAACCGCGAUCUUACCGUUGUGAAAGAUGCACUUAAUGAGGUCAUUGAGAAGGCUACUGCCCUUGAGCAGGAGGAAAACAACAGAAUUCGUGCCCUUGAACGCGAGGGUAAGAGCUUUACUAAAAAGGAACGCAAGGCAAUCCUUUUUGAUCACAAGGGUGUCAAACGCAUCAAUGCAGAAACUAUCGUCAGUAGGCCUGGGGAAAUGCGUCUUCUACGUGAGGCUACCUCCAGUUUACAGGACAUAACGAGUUUCCGCAUACCAGAAGCUACCAAAGGUGCUGAUUACUCCUGCUCAUGGGGUGCUCGAGAAGACGGAAUGCUGUGCCUGGGCAUUGCUCGCCACGGCUACGGAGCAUGGACACAGAUCCGCGAUGAUCCCGAGCUAGGCCUAAGCGACAAAUUUUUCCUCGAUGAGCACCGUGUCGACCGCAAGCAAGAGCGACUGAGCGGCAAGGGUGAAGGAUCGAAAUCUCCCGGGGCUGUACAUCUGGUUCGAAGAGCAGAUUACCUCAUAUCGGUUCUUAAGGCGAAAGCCAGCAAUGGUUCCAACGCCGCGGCAAGGAAGGCUUUGGAAAACCACCACCGGAAUAAUAAGAAAGUCCAUUCUCGGAAUGCUCAUCGAACCGUUUCUGCCUCUCCUGCUCCCUCCCUCCCACGAAAAGGUAGAGAAAGCGAAAAGUCGAGGCGCCGUAUGCAAAACCGUGCCAGUCGGGAUAGUGCGGAUGGGUCUCACACUCCAUUACGAGAUCAUCGAGAUCGAGACCGGGAAAGAGACCGGGAGAGAGACCGUGGGAAACCAGUCGAUUCAGAUAAAGCGCGCAGACAUUCCAAGGAAGAAGCACAUCGUCGUCGUAGUGAUGAUCGUACUCCAACGGGCGGUGACACUACGCUUCGGAGUAUCUUCAAGCCCAUCCGCGAGCAUCUAAGACGAGUGUCACAGGUCACUAAGGAGAAUAUUCCAAGCAAGUCAAAGCGAGUUGCUGAACUUCGUCGAUUACUGCAAGUGGUUGGAGACUUCAUUCACGGUAUUCUCGACGGUCAAGAAACUGCAGCUUCACUUGAAGAAAGAUUAUGGGAUUACUGUGCUAUUACUUACUGGCCGAACAAAGGAACACCAGGGAGCGCACUUCUCACUAUGUACGAAAAGAUAGCAAAGGAUGGGGGACGCGUCGAAGCUUCAAAUUAA